AUGGGACUCGAACAACAAUCCGAUGUGCUAGGAAAAUGGUAUUAUUCAGCGGAGUGCACAUCGGACAACGGGGACCGUCUGGCCUACUUAUGUGAAAAGACGUACCUCAUCAUCGCUUCCACUUUUAAGAGGGAUCAUUCACGCCAUCAGCUCACGUGGCAAGGGUCAACCCUUUUAACGCCUGAAGAGCAGCGCAAGCGGGGAGUUGGGUACUAUGAUCAAUUCAAUGCUAAUGUCACCCGGUCAUUGUGUACUAAAACACCGUAUACAUUUGCAUGUUAUUGCUUUACUGAUUUGUGCAACAUGAAUAUUUCAGCAUUCCGUGAAAUUUGGAAGUCGUCACCUGAAUACACAACCAGAGGUUCAUAUCACAAAUGUUUUCGGCAGAAUUUCACAGAUAAAUUCGUCACUCAGCCUGGUGAUGAUACCGACACUGAGACCACCGUAAUUAGCACAGAAGAAAGUACUUCAGAAAAAGCACAAACAACCCCACUGGACCAGACGAGGAAGGAUGAGAAAAGUACGGGAAAUACAGGAACAACAACGGAGCCAGAACCGAUUAACCUAUUCAGCACCACCGAGAUUCAUCCAGAUUCUUUGGAAGGAAGCAACGGACGCUCUCUCGACGAAGACGAUGAUUCAAACAUCGACUUCAUUAUUUUCGUGAUCCUUUCUAUUGUCGCUGCAAUUCUCCUGAUAGCCAUCAUCCCGAUCUUGAUCGGAUGCCUCGUAAUUAAAUCAAAAAGAGAUCGAAGAAGACGUACCAGGAAAGCAUCGGCCGGCAGUAUGGCUGGGAAACCUCCCAAAAGAAAAGGCCACCGCGCAAGGAAGACUCAAGCCCUACUUCUAUAUGUUGUUCGUGACACAUGGGGACUUCGGUGCUACGUUGGUGCACUUGGUCAACCAAAAUCGCGGAUAGUCCGAGGAGGAAAGUACUGCGGUGUGGUAUUUGAGUUGCCCUGCGAGGGAAAAGGGUUCUAUGAUCAAUUCAAUGCUGAUUUCGAACAGCCCUGGUGUACUCCAACAGAGCAUGCGCUUGCAUGUUAUUGCAAUACUAAUUUGUGCAACAUGAAUAUUUCUGCGAUCCGUGAAAUUUGGAAGUCAUCACCAGAUUACUCAACUGAAGAAUCAUAUCCUGAAUGUUUUCGGAAUCCUUUCCCAGAAGAUCGUUCUCUCCAGUCUACAACAACAACAACUCAGAGAAUGACCACAACAAAAGAGGGGAAAUUGGGACCGUUGCUGCCGGACAUGAAAAAAACCAGGAAACCAGGAACAGUUGAAGGUGCCACCUGCUUCGUGUUUAUGACAAAAAGAAAUCAUCACUAA